UUCUCUCUCUGGCUUGCUUCUUCUUCUUCCGUCUUCUCUACAAGAACCCAGCGAGCUCUCUCAAUCGUGUUGAGUUUCUUCUUCGGCUUUUCUAGGGUUUUAAUUUUCCUUUCCGAUCAGAGAUUUAAUGGCGACACUCGACUCCGACGUUCCUAUGCUUCCCGCCGGAGGUGCCUCUAGCAGUGCUUCGUCUUCCACCAAGAAACCUAAGCGAUUCGAAAUUAAAAAGUGGAGCGCCGUUUCUCUCUGGGCUUGGGAUAUCGUUGUCGACAACUGUGCGAUCUGCAGAAACCACAUCAUGGAUCUCUGCAUCGAGUGUCAAGCUAAUCAGGCUAGUGCUACCAGUGAAGAAUGUACUGUCGCUUGGGGGGUUUGCAAUCACGCCUUCCACUUUCACUGCAUCAGCAGAUGGCUAAAGACUCGUCAAGUUUGUCCAUUAGAUAACAGUGAGUGGGAGUUCCAGAAAUAUGGUCACUAAAUCAAUGACGGGUACAGCAAACAUUUGUCGUCUACUCGACAAGGAUAUCAGGUUCAUAUGGUUACCGCCUAUGAUACCUAAAGAUCUGCUCAAGUUAUUUCUUCUCUUCUUUUCUCUUCUUUUUGUAAUGUAAUUCGCAAAGUUGUCGAACCAGGGAUCUAUUGUUCACUGAACCUAUCAUCGUUGUGCUUUUGGUGACGUUUUCUUAUAUAUUUCAAAAAAAUAAUAAAAAAUACAAAAAUGUCCUGCAAAGAAA